AUAGAGUAUGAACUGAGCAGAGCACCUCACAGCGGACACUCGAUUACAAUACACAAAAUGCCUCCGGUGUACGCGCAAUCCCGAGCAAGAGUCUCCAACAUACUUCAUCGUUCGGAAAAUACCUACUUUUAACGCAACUUGAAGACAACUGGCGCCAAAUCAAACAUAAGGAUGCCUUUUUGCAAGAGGACUGUUGUCCCCACAGAUGUGUGUAAGAGCCGCGGUGCGAUCUUCACGGAUCUGGUGGAUGUGUGCGGCUUGACUCUGUGCGCGGUGCUCCGGCAGCUGUCGGAUUUAUCUCGUCAGUCGGUGAGCAUCCUGGAGGAGCUGGAGGGAGAGCUCGCCUCCAUCUGCUAUCGCUCCGGAGCUCUGGAGAAUAAACUUAUCAGUCUGCAGAAACACAUCUCAGCGCUGGGCACCAAACCUCCGGUGAAAACCACCACCAACUUGGACUCCGAGAGCAAACGAGCGGUCCACUUCCAAUCGUCAUGGCAACAGCAUGUGAAUGUGUUCGGCUCGUGGAGUAGGCCGGAGUGCGUGCAGGAACUGCACCAGGAGGCUCAGCUGAAUCUACAGAGUAUACUGCAAGAUUUUGAGGAGCAGCUGUAUGAUAACAGAGUGACAGGACAGACAUUCAGACACUGUUCCUCGCCGAGCUCUGAGGACACGUCAACCACCCUCAGCCGAUCCCCCUCCUCACUCAGCAACAAGAAGACAGAGUUUGUUUUUGUGCCUGCCAGAAAGCAGGUGUGUGAGGAUGAGACCACAACAUUAGGGGUCCGGGCGCAGGACCCCACACCUUGCGCUUCAGAGAAGUCUCUUCUAGGAUGGAAUGCCUCAGUUAGCCCCCCGGUUGCAGAGAAACCUCGCUGGCACCUGGGCAGACACACUCCUUCUCACCUUGUUCCCAUUGAGAUCACAGGCCAGAGCUUUGAUAAGCACUCCGCACAGCACAGAGAACUCCGGGCCCCCUUUAGAACUGAUUCAGCGGUCAACGCAAAAACCAUUCGCCGCCCGAGGAGUGUGGUUGCAGGCCCUGAUGUCACGCUGCACUGCCAAGGUGACAGCAAAAUUCUCGCUGUAGAUCUUAUACAAGGUGCCUUUUCCCCUGAAUCCUCUCAACCCAGAUCAUUGGAGCCCACCACCGAGAACACAGGUAAACAGCAUAUCCCCCUUCGGAAGACCCAAAGUGACCUGGAGCACAGUGUCCCCCCAUCCCCGAAAACCCCAUCAGGCAUGAUGGAUCAUGCCACUCUGAUGUGUCCCAGUCCCUCCUGGAAUGGCCCAAAAGGUUCCACAUUCUCUCCUUCCUGGAAUGACUCCUACAACUACGCCAUGGUUACUUGCCCUGCUUCCAAGCAGCCUAUAUCUAAAACUGGAAUGUUAGCACCUGGAGUUGAAGGAGGUGCUUUGAUGUGUCAGACCAGAUCUCAGACCAGUUCGGGUCUCUCCAUGAGCUCAGGGUCACACUCCAGUUCUUUCACCUCUAUCUCUGAACCAUAUGGACACAAGAUGUACACAGUCACACAAGGGAGUGGUGUUGCUAUAGGACGACUGAAUGAUACUGAUGGGGAAGCUUCCAUUCUGACCACAGGUAGCAGCAUCGGCAAAGGUGAGCAAGAGAAGAGAUCAGCAAGAUCCAACAUGUUCAGGUUCCGUGAACGCUCACUUUCAACGCCAACAGACUCUGGGUCUUUUUGCUCAGCAGAUAAUCUCUGUUCUCCAGGUGACACUGUCCCUGUUGUUCCAGAAGGUGAGAGUUAUGCCCUGCUAUAUCCAAGCAACAGCUCGGAAGAUGGCACCAGCACUGAUAAUGUUUCCGUGACUACAGGUUCAGACUUCGUUCCAGACGUUCGACUGAGGUCACGUUCGCGCAGUAUCUCACUAAAGAAAUCAAAGAAAAAGCCACCACCUCCAGUACGUAGUGUAUCUCUAAUGAAAAACCUAUCGGAGGCUGGUGGUUUGGGCUCUUAUCACAGAGUAGCUCACUUUAGAGAUGGCAGACCCAAAAGCCUCUUUCUCCCUCGGGAUCACCAUAUUCAAGAUUCAUUCCAGCCUGAUUUCUUAAUUUCGAGGCCGGAAGAAGACACGAAUCAGGCCCACAAUAUCUUAGAGACGUCCUCUGAUACAUCUCAGCCUCCCGACAGGGAAGCUGACCUUGGCUUUCCUCCUCACUGGCCGCUUAACGAGUGGAAGUCCAACAACGAUCCCUACCGUUCGCUAUCAGGCUCAAGCACAGCCACAGGUACCACAGUGAUUGAGUGCAUGAAGGUACGAGGCAGCUCAGAAUCCCUUAAUUCUCCCUCGACGUCACGAGCUACAUCUCCCUCCCAGCUUUCUAUUGAGGCUGAGACCAAGAUUUCCCCCUUCAAGCCCCCAUGCCUUAUGUCCCCAUCCAGUGGCUACUCAAGCCAGUCUGAAACUCUUACCCCCACCAUAUCAAACACCGUCAUCACCGGGCCUCCACCUGUUGGCUGCAAGAUGCGUCCAAAGAUUCCAGAGCGUAAAUCUUCCCUCCCAGCAACCUCUGCAAAAGAUAAAUCUCGUUCACGUCUUUCGUUUGAACUGCCUACAAACACUCAACUGGACCUUUUCAAUGUCAAACCCAAGUCUAAAGCCAGCAGACGCCACUCGGACACUUCCACAGCCAAUAAACCAGGUAAACUGAGUCCAAGUCAGUCAUCUGUCCCUGUAGUUACCACAACAGACUUGCGAAGUAUACGCCUUCGUUCAAUAAGCCGCUCUGAACUUGAGGACAGCCCGGAUGGCUCUUCUGACAUUAUAGAGGAAGAGCAAAGUCGAGACCUCAGUCCUCCUAUCACCCCCUCAGACACAAAACAGCCUAAGCCGCCCAUUGCAAUGAAGCCACCUCUACCUAAACGACCCAUGAACUUAAUGCUUAAAUCUCCCUCAUCCUCCCCCCUGGCAUCUGAAUCUCCUCCGUCCUCCCCUGUUGACCGACCCAUGCCUGUUGGAAACAUUUACAUGGUUGUACGCAAGCCCAAACCUAAAAGGACAGGUCAGUCACAACAUAGCACAUCUGGAAAAUCCCCAAAAGAGAAACUCCACAGCCAUGCCCCUCCUCUUCCCGAGUUUGACCUGGAACAUGGCAUUCCCAUUGAAGAAGAUCUUCCAUCUCCAAGUACCCCAGAAAGAGAGGAUAAAAGUAAGACCCUACCAAGUAGAAUGACAAUAUCCUGUUUAGCAGAGUUAGACAAAAAGAAACCCAAGGUACCCCCUCCAGUGCCCAAAAAACCCAGUGUCCUCCUUCUGCACUCUCCAAGCACCCAGACUAAUGGCAGUGCAGAGAAGCAAAUGGUUUCUGAGAGUGUCACCCAGUCACCCAUAGGUCCUCCACCAUCUGAGAUCGAGGAACAUUAUUACCAAGAUGAAGGUCAAGACCAUCCUAAAACACAAAAACUACACGGAAACCACGAAGGUCUUGAAAGCUAUGAAACCCCUGAGGAUCAAGAGCAUGAUGUGGUUUUAGAAGAAAACAGUUUGAAAGAUUCAGGUUCUCAUCAAAUUAUGGAAUACAAGACACCUCCAGUAGAGACAGAAACAGACCCAGAAAUAUUGGAGGAGAACAGUUUUGCGGUUGACAAGACCGAAUUGCACAUUAGUGAAGAAACAGAUGAUGAUGUAUUUGUCCGCACUCCAACAUCAACUCAUACCACUGAGGAUCUCUUCACCAUCAUACACAGGUCAAAGAGAAAGGUUCUUGGCCGGAAGGAACCAACCGACUCAUUCGGAAGCAGACAGUGUCUGGUCUCACCUGUGAAAAGUAGCACCGACCUCCGCACCAUGGGCCUCGGGACCACUCCUCGGUCAAGCUCAAGGAAUGAAAACUUCAUGGCUCUUCUGCAGAAGAGGAGCAGUAAGGCCAGCAGUGGCACCCGAGUCUCUGCCAUGGAGUUGUUAAAGAGCACAAACCCACUGGCACGACGAGUCACCGAAUUCUCACAGUUGCAACCAGAUGCGAGCGAAACAAACACACCUAAACCAGACUCACAGGACCAGUGAUUCCACUGAGGACCACAGUUCAAUCAAUAUGGCUGGUUUUCUGUUUUGCUCCACUGCCCAUCGAAAUGGUUUAUUUUUCAAGGACCUCCAGCUGUCUGAAAUUAACCGGAUUUGAGUUGGUGGUUUUAAGAGAAGCGGAUUGUACCGGUGACGUUAUGGAGUAUGAUCUGUGAUAGAGGAAACCGAGCCCACCAUGAUACAAAAUUCUGGCAUAGAUCUGUAAUUCUGGAAGUGAUUAUGAAACUCCUGAAUAGAAACUGACAUGAAGAAAUAUUUUCAGACUGUUUAUGUCAUUAUGGAGCUUUGCCUAUGUGUUUGGCUCAGCCAAAGUUUACUCUGCCCAUUUUCUAGCAGUGGACUAGAAAGUGUCUUAGUAGGAUAAUUGCAUUUUAAACGACUGCACAAACUCACACAGAAGAGUGUAUGACCGGAGUCAGAAACAUUCCACAGAAGUUUUAAGCAGGACCUGGUACCCCUAAAAUGAAGCACUUUCACCAGUACAUGAACUAGUUUACAAGAUAAAAAAAGCUAUAUUUGUUAUUUUCUUUGCGUUUUAUUUUUUCAAAAGAGAUGAAAGGCCAUAUAAAUGUCUUCUUGAGUUAAAUCUGUACAAAACGAUAUAUACACACGAUAUAUACUAAAAUGUAAAUUCAUAACUGCUUGAUCAAGGACAUGAAGUAUGUCCAUCAGUGACUAUUCUUUGGAAACUGCCUAUUAUUUUAUAAACUCACAGCACACAGGGGAUUCAAUUUGUCAUAUGGAAGCUUCAUCAUGCUAUACACCUGAACCACUCUAUCUCUAUAGAUCUUCCCACACUGCCAGAAGUGACACAGCAUAUCACUUAGCUUGUGCACAAUGGAAAACAACAAAUGAUAGGGUGAUUAUUUAUUGUAAAAAUGUGAACAUGAGGGAAUUGCACAGAAUAGUAGUUAUGAAGAUCAGGACAUUUAACUACAGAAAAGAAGACUUGGUCACCGGUUUGACCCUGACGGUCAGACUGGGUCCAGUCUCUCAGGGGUUUCUUUACAUCUCAUGAAACCCACCAUUGCUACUGGUCUGGGUGUAUUAUCUCUUUAAAGAGAUUUACAUUAAGAGCAAACUUUGAGGCUUGUGGAUGGUACAGGAAUCCUGAUUUAAAUGUCCAUCUUCUUUCCACAGUCCCCAGAUCAUGCAAAGCUUUCCACAGUGUGUCCAUUUCAGACUAUGCAUCUAAGCUGCAUCCGACCUGUUCUCGUGCCAGCAUUGACAUUGAACGUUUAUGAAUGUUAGGAAAAGACAAAAUCAUCAGUUAUAAAUUUCAACCAAAAAAAAACUUUAAAGGUUGCCCUCCAUGUCACUGCAAGCUUGGACUGCACGACAUUUGAACAAGCAAAGACUUUGUGGACUUUGAUCAAAUGUGCUCAUUUCCUCAAGCAGGUCAUCUGUGGUAAAUGAAUUUGUCAUCCUUCAUUGUGGGAAUUUCAGAGACCAUCAGACAGACAACAGACAGCUGCACUCGAAAACAGCUUCUUCUUACCAUUCCCCUUCCUCACAUGAUUGUUCCUCUGGGUCGCAAUCAGACGGUGGACAGAAACCCGGUGCUAUUGAGCCGGAGCGCCCUCAGCUGUCCAGGAGAGGAAGUGCUUGGCAAAAAUCUGUUCUGACUCUUAAACACGUACUCUAAAUGUUCAUUCGAGACUAGUCGUUCAGGUAUUCCGACCAUACGAAAAAAGAGACCGAAUACUACAUCAUUAAACUAGUGUGUGGCAUUUGUUUUAAAUAUUUAGUGAAUGAAAAAAUCUGACAACCAGUGUUUAUUUGCCUUGUACUCUGGCGUGAAGCCUCUGUGUUUUUAAAUGCCUUGGUAUUGCACUUCCGUAGAAGUAUGCAGAGUUUCUUUUACUCUUUUUAGGAUUUACUACUAUAAUAUUUAUCACUACUCUUGUGUACUCUGUGCUUAAUCCUAUCGGUGUCAACAUUACUCUCACAGGUACAAACAGAAGAGAAAUGAGAGGAAGAUGGUAGUACUUGGGCAAAACAAAAUAUAGAGAUGUAUCACAAGAGAUGUACCUUAGUGGGCUGUUAAAAGCCUUGUGCAUCAAUAAUGAAAAUCCCAGAGAGGGAGGAUACACUGUCCAGCUUUUACACUGAUGAUAUGCUACUUUGAAUGCAACACCGUUCAGAGAGAUGUAUUUUCUUUAAAAUCACAUUAGUAGCAUUUGACACAGUGACCUAAAAAAAGCAAGGGAUUCACCAAAUGUGGACGUUUUCGUAUACAGUUCUUCCACCCCAUGCUAAACGAUUUCUGCUCAAUUCCUCUUUCCUUAAGACGAUGGGGAUUCACUCUAGACCCAAUUUUGGUACACAGAGGAGAGACAAAACUGCUGCACAACAAUAAAAAAGUGCCAACUAAGAAGAAAAUAUUCGGGCAAAGAAUUGGGCGAGAUUGUUUCUUAGCCCUUAACAAGUUUGUUGCAGUAAAUGGGAACCAACUUUGAAUCAAUCCUUGCAGUCAUUAGUUGAUCAUAACUUUUAGACACAGGUAGAGAUGAGACUUUAUAUAAUAAAAGGAUAUUAGUAUUCCAGUGCACAAAGGCUCUCUCAGUUGUGUACGACAGAUUGCCAUGAAAAGCUUUACAAAUGAUUAGGUUACCCUUACGCGUUGGGAACGGAAGAGACAGAGUGGGGAGGCAAGAUAAUACUGAGAAAAAUAUAUUUUUGUUAUUUUAUCCUUGAACAGACUUGUUUUAAAAUCUGCAUAUAUAGACCUCACCCUCAAGCAGAAAUUAUACAAUUGGUGUGAGAUCUCUAAAUCAAUUGCAGUAUGUCUUGCCUAUGUGGUAAAAGGUAUAUCAUUAAAAUAAAUUAUUUUCUUGCAUAACA